UUGUUCCAUUCAAUUUGCAGCAUCUCCUCCUUGAAGCUGUCUUCAUCGAUCUGCUGAACCAUCUUUCAUUCAUUUUCACAUCAAAACCACCAAUUUUCCUUUCGAAUCAAUUCACCAUGAUGCAGUUCAGCUCCACCGUACCAGCCCACAACCUUCACAAGUUCCAGGCAAUAAGGUGCCCCAGCUUCAGCUUCAGAUGCCAAGCCUCCUCUUCCUCAACCUUUCAGAAGCCCUUUGUCUCCACCGAGUCAACUCGCCUGCACCUCGCCAACCUCGAUAAGCUCCUCGAGACCCAGAAGCCCGUGGACCCACCCUCCCAACUCCACCACCACCAACAGCACCCACACCAACCCAUCAUCAACCACCCUAAGGAAAAGAAAGGAAGAAGCUUUCUCGAAGGCCUCAACUUGGCAAGGCUCUGGCCGGAGAUGAAGGCGAACGAGGAAAUGUCCCCGCGCCACCUCAAUCGCCUCCAGCGGCUGCUCUCCAUGACGGCGGAGUAUUCCCCGAGGAACAUCCUCGGCGGGCGGUGGAGAGAGUACCACGGCAGCAACGACUGGAAAGGGAUGCUGGAUCCUCUGGACGAGAAUCUCCGGCGAGAAGUCGUCCGCUACGGAGAAUUCGUCCAAGCCGCGUAUCAGGCUUUUCACUCAGACCCUGCCAUGUCAACUGAGGAGCCGCCACACCCCCGCCACGUGUCGCUUCCCGAUAGAUCGUAUAGAGUGACGAAAAGCCUCUACGCCACGUCAGCGAUCGGGUUACCGAAAUGGGUGGAUGACGUGGCUCCGGAUCUUGGAUGGAUGACCCAGCGGUCGAGCUGGGUCGGGUACGUAGCCGUUUGCGAAGACAGAAGGGAGAUCGCAAGGAUGGGAAGGAGAGACAUUGUUAUCUCACUCCGCGGAACCUCGACGUGUCUGGAAUGGGCCGAGAAUAUGAGGGCCCAAUUGGUUGACCUCGAGGAUGUUCCGGAAGGGCAAGGAAAGCCCAAGGUGGAGUGUGGGUUCAUGAGUCUGUACAAGACGAAAGGCGCACACGUGGCGAGUCUGUCAGAGUCCGUUGUGGAGGAAGUGAAGAGACUCGUCAAUCUGUACAGAGGCGAAGAGUUAAGCAUUACCGUGACAGGACACAGUCUGGGAGCGACGCUGGCGCUAUUGGUGGCCGAUGAAAUAAGCACGUGUUGCGCCGGAGUUCCACCGGUGGCUGUUUUUUCGUUCGGUGGGCCGCGAGUGGGGAACAAGGCCUUCGGCGAUCGCGUGACGGCAAAGAACGUGAAAGUUUUGCGAAUAGUGAAUUCGCAGGACGUGAUUACGCGCGUGCCUGGGAUCUUCGUGAGCGAGGAGCUUGAAGAGAAAAUACGGAGAGUGGGAGGGGGAGUGUUGGAAGAGACGACGCCGUUGGCUUACUCGCACGUGGGAAGUGAGCUGCGCGUGCAGACGAAGAUGUCGCCGUACCUUAAGCCGGACGCGGACAUGGCGUGCUGCCAUGAUUUGGAGGCUUAUUUGCAUUUGGUGGAUGGGUUCCUGGCGUCGAAUUGUCCGUUCAGAGCGAAUGCAAAGAGAAGCUUGGCGAGGUUGAUGCAAGAUCAAAGCGCCAAUGUAAAAAAAUUGUACACUAGCAGGGCUAAAGCCUUAACUGUUAAUCUCAAUAGACAGGGAUCCAUCUCCAUGUCUAAUUGUUUACCAAGUCCAUCUUAAUCCCAAUCAAUCUGUUACAUA